UUUGCCAUUCUCAUCAGGUGUUGAUAAGUGAGACCAAGAUGUGCAUUUUGUGUAAAUGGAGAUAAUAAAGUUAAUCGUUCUAUGUAAGCACUAGGAUGGGGCGGGCACUGGAAAACCGUGUAUAUCGUAGAGUUCCUCCAGCAGCAUACGCAUUAUUUGGUAUAAGUAUCGGAUUUAUUAUAGGAAUGAUCCUGUUCAGACAGGUAGAUACAAAUAUUACAUCAUUUUUCAGGGACAAUACUGAAGAGCCCAUAAUCACUGUUGUCGAAGGCCACGAGGAUCGUGAUCAUGAUCACGCAAUUAACCCUUUAUUGGCCAAGCAACUGUAUGAAGAAGUGCGUGUUUUCUGUUGGAUUUUAACCGGCCCUGAAAACCACUAUUCCAAAGCAAUACAUGUAAAAGCCACUUGGGGAAAACGCUGCAAUCGUUUGAUAUUCAUGAGCACGGUAGAAGAUUCUUCAUUGCCUUCAAUAGCAUUGCCUGUGAUCGAAGAUCGAAAUAAUCUAUGGGGAAAGACCAAACAAGCAUUUAAAUACCUUUACGAGCAUUACUAUGAUGAAGCAGACUGGUUCUUCAAAGCAGACGACGACACGUAUACCAUAAUGGAAAAUAUGAGAUAUAUGCUGCACUAUCAUAACAGCAACGAUCCGGUGUAUUUCGGGUUUCGCUUUAAACCGUAUGCCAAGCAAGGAUAUAUGAGCGGUGGCGCGGGAUACGUCUUGAGCAAAGAAGCUUUGAGACGGUUUGUUGAAGAAGCGCUGCCAAACCCACUCAAAUGUAAGGAAGACAAUACGGGAGCUGAAGACGCCGAAAUGGGAAAAUGUCUGGAAGCUGUGGGUGUAGAAGCGGGUGAUUCGCGAGACAACGAAGGUCGCAGUACGUUUCUUCCACUGUUUGCCACCGACUUUUUGAACCUAAAAGCAAUGAAGAAAGAUUUUUGGUUUUGGAGUUAUUCGUAUUAUCCUUUUAAAUCGGGAAUGGAUUGUUGUUCGGACAACCUGAUAUCAGUUCAUUACGUUUCGACCCAAAACAUGUACCUGCUGGAAUACUUGAUUUAUCACGUAAAACCAUUUGGAUUAUCGUACAAUCCGAAUUUAGAUGCACUUGUCUUUGGAAACCAAUCAAAUUUAUCUUCAACUGCUCUAACUACAAAUACGAAAAUUAAAUUCAAUCUCAUUAAAUCUCAAGAUCCAACAAAUAUAUCUACUAGUUGGGAUGACUAUACAUAACUGUAGGCUACAGGCUAUUUAUAUCAUGUUUAAGUAAUAAUAAUCUACAGGCUACAGGUUACAGUUAUAUCAUGUUUAAGUAAGUAAUAAGCAGUUUUGGAAAAAUAUUUCAACCUCGGUUGGCUCGUUAGUUCAAUUAUCUUUAACAAUAUUAAUCUAUUAUAGCUCAACAAACACAAGUUUAAAUUAAAUAAAACUGAAACAACACGUAACUGAUCAAUUUAUUACCUAUCAGUUAAUAAUGAUGUAAAGGUUGCAUCGACACUCCUAUCUCAUCACCGUCAUCAAUUAAAAAAAAAACACAUUUUCUUUAAAAUAUUCUAAUAAAGCAAUUCCUAUUUUUAUUUUAUGACAUGUAUAAACUGCUCAAGAAAAUCAACUUUACACUGACAAAUUUGGACUAAGUUGGGAACUGGAUACAUUUUGAUGGCUCCAAGUGAUUUGGUUUAUGUUUGAAGGGUUAUUUAGUGCAAUUCUUCUUCGGUUAAGUCGUGGUUUGCCGAAAAAUUAGUGCGUCAGAUAAAGUUUAUACAGGGUGGCCAAUGAAACGAUCCAAAUCUGAGUUGAACAAAAAAAAAAGAUUUUUUUUUAUUUCUACACCACAAGCGCGAAGAUAGGCCUUAUGUCUUCAAGAACGUCUCCGUUUUUUAAUUUUCGCUCAUCUUCCUGUUUAUUUACAGAGUUCGAUUACAGAUUCUUCCAAAAAAUCUACCUUUUCGCCUUGCAGUGAUAUAUUUUUUCUUUUGAACCGAGUAUCAAAAUCGAAGGCUGAAGUUGAAGGUUAAAUUUCGCAAUAAACUUGAGAACAAAAUGUAAUAAACAGGGUUGCACCCAUGAAUUCUUGGAAAAUGUAUUUUACUUUAGCUGAAAGUCAGCCAGAAUCACAGAUUUUGAGGGCAAUUCUGAUUUAAGUAAUUUUUCGUGCAGCCCUGAAUAUCAAAUGUUUACCUUAUAUUGAAGUCUAUGAAGUUUUAGCUUUUGUAUAUCAAAUUAAAAAACCUUUUCGAGCUAUUUGAAUUAUUUUAAAACGUUUUUCCAUUUUUAUUGGGUGGCGGCAUCUAAUAAAACUCUUUGUCUACUAGGAGCAUACCAAACUUUGCAAAAUUUUGCAUUUUUUUGUUUACCACCCUGCAGAAAAUUUCUAUGAGGUGAAUCAGAACACAAAUAGGGCUAAAUAACGCUUCAAUCAGAAAACAAAUUUCUCGAAGCAAUAAAAUUUAUCCAGUUCCAAAGUUAUGGAAAAUUUGGGUGAGUAACAGUAAUUUUGCUGAGCAGUUUAGUUUUUUAUCUACAGUUUCUUCAGUUUUGCUGGUAAAACAUAGCUACUUCCAGUAAUUAAAAAAACUCUUUAAGAUCAGGCGAAUUAUACAUUUUCAUUUCUGAUAUUAAACUGUUUAUUUUACAACUGUUACUGUUACUGUUACUGUUUAAAACAUUUAUUUUCGAACUUUAAUAACUUAUUGCAUACUUUAUUUAUUAGCUAGAACUUCUAUCUGCUUUCUUGGCUGUAAAAUUUUAUGAUUAUUUAUUUAGGCUAAUAAUUAGAGUCCACUGAGAAUAAAUCGUAAAAAGCAACUUUUCAUGUCAAUUUGCUUCUAUCGUGGUAUACAUAACUGGUAUACCAGUUACUAGUCCCUUUGCCUAUAAGUAUUUUUUUUAAUUUUAAGUUUUAAAUUUUAAGUUAUGUGCUUACUUUAUUACCUAAAAACUAAAUGAAAACGCAUUAUU